UGCUCCAUAGAUACCGCAGCUGCGGACAGCCGGACAGGUCCACCCGGACGUAUCAGCGUUGGAUUCCGUCCAAGAGAAUGGAAGCGGUCGCCGGUCGCUGGUCGUUGGUCGCAGCCGAGUGAUUUUGACACAUUAGGGGGCCAUAAUUAUAUUUGCAGCUUUUUAGUUUUGAAAAGAGAAAUGUUUUUAACAGUAGUGUCGGUCCCCUGUUGUUUGGUCUUUAAAACAGCUCUACCUGCUCCUUGUUUGAUUCGUCAUUUAUCUCAAGGCUGGAGUUCGCCUCUUUCUAUCGUUUUACUACUUCCGUCGUGCUUUCGAUUCAAGUUCCUUUUUAUGUAGUCAAAAAGAGGGAUUUCGUGGACAAAAGGGUGAAAUUUCGGUUGCUCUAAAUCUAAACUAGCUAGUAUUUCUACUUGGGCACUCAUGAACAUGGAAAAUGAAAAGGGAUUAUCAGUAGGAUGAUUCUUCAUUUGCCAGAUUAAUACUUCAAUGCAAACAUCUACAAUCAAGGCUUGAUGCAUGCUAGUGUGGAAUCUCAUAUUAUGACUGAAAAUCCCCGAUCUUCAGACUAUUCUCCUACCAAGGAUGCGUCCAAGUUUACAAAUGCACAAUCUCUGACAAGUCAAAUGGAAUUCUGCACUCUUGAAUCCUCCUUACCGACUGCUAAUCAUAGUGUGCAGAAUUCUCCAUCUUCCCUCAGCAUCUCUCCGAGCAGCGGGAGCCCCAUGUCCCAGCUAGAUUGGCACUCUGAUUACGUCCAUGGAUCUCCAGUCCGUGCUUUGUAUGUUACUGAAGAUCAGCAUGACCUGAAGUCCAAGUUAAGGGAGAUCGAGAACGAGAUGCUGGGCUCUGAAUUUGAUACUGUUGAGCAACUGAAGAACACCUAUCCAGCCCAUCUGCCUCUGGAUCCAGAGAAGUGGAGGCAACUGAUGGGAAUUCCUGGAGGAGGCUUGAAACAGCAUCUCGUAGCCUGUGCAAGAGCUAUUGCAGAGAAUGAUCUCGUUGCUGUUGAAUGGCUGAUUCCGGAGUUAAAGCAUAUGGUUUCAGUUUCUGGGGAACCAAUUCAACGAUUAGGAGCAUACUUGCUUGAAGGCCUAAUCGCUAAACUGUCCGCCUCUGGUAGUUCCAUCUACAAAGCUUUGAAGUGCAAAGAACCUGCUAGUUCUGAUCUCCUCUCCUACAUGCAUAUCCUUUAUGAGGUCUGUCCAUACUUCAAGUUUGGCUACUUGUCUGCGAACGGAGCAAUUUCAGAGGCGAUCAAGGAUGAAAACACGGUUCACAUUAUCGAUUUUCUGAUCGCUCAGGGAAGCCAGUGGGUUACUCUCAUUCAGGCCCUUGCAGAAAGACCUGGUGGUCCGCCACAUGUGCGAAUCACUGGAAUUGAUGAUCCUUUCAAUGCAUAUGCACGAGGUGGUGGUCUACACAUCGUGGGACAGAGACUCUCUCGACUCGCUAGUUCAUGCGGUGUGCCUUUUGAGUUUCAUGCUGUACCGAUAUCAGCAUGCGAUUUAGAACUCGAACACCUGGAUGUUCGACCAAAUGAGGCAUUGGCAGUGAACUUUGCGAUGCAGCUGCAUCACGUACCAGACGAGAGCGUGAGCACAAGGAACCACCGGGAUCGAAUUUUGAGGAUGAUCAAGAGUCUUUCCCCUAAGGUAGUGACGCUCGUUGAGCAAGAAGCGAACACAAAUACAGCUCCUUUUUUCCCAAGGUUUUUGCAAACCCUUGAAUACUAUACUGCCGUCUUUGAAUCUAUCGAUGUGACUCUUCCAAGAGAAAACAAAGAUAGAAUGAGUGUAGAGCAACACUGCCUUGCAAGGGAUAUAGUCAAUGUGAUUGCUUGUGAGGGUGCCGAAAGAGUGGAAAGACAUGAGCUCUUUGGGAAAUGGAAGUAUCGGUUAACCAUGGCCGGAUUCCAGCCAUCUCCUCUCAGUCCUUUGGUGAAUGCAACCAUCAAGACACUAUUACAUAGCUAUUCACAGUACUACCAACUUGAGGAGCACGCUGGCGUACUUUAUCUCGGAUGGAUGAACAAGCCUCUGGUUGUUUCAUCUGCCUGGAGAUGAUCGGGGAGAUUUAAUAAUCUAAUGAUGAAUGUUUGGUCUAUUUACUUGUAAACUAAUACAUGAGCAUGUAUUAUGGUUAUAGCUGUUCUUCACAGGUAAAAACCUCAUCGUCAUGUUAUUCAGAAUAUCCCUAUUA